GGCAGCCUCAACCACGUCUUCCAUCCACAAGGUCGAAUUCAACAUGUACUCCACUGAGAUCCCCAAGAACCAGGCCUGCGGCAACUCGACUUGCUCGUGCGGCGACAAGUGCUCCUGCGCUCAGGGCCAGUGCCAGUGCGGCAGCAGCAAGUAAAGCGCUCGCGCUCGCCAUCAUCAUGCUUCCACCCCACGAACUCGGCAAUGGGACUGUAGCUGUAGCCUGAAGAAAACGUCUUUAAACCCAAUAAAUGUAUUGUAGCCCGGUAACAUGGGAUCUUUGCACCAGC